AUGGUCGUCCUGACCACCACGCCACGCAUUCUGGCAGUGCUUUCCACCCUCCCUGCAUCAACUCUUUCAUCUCUCGGUCUCGACCCGGUGCCUGCAACACCCGGAGCGCCGAUCGAGCACACCAUCCUCCUCGCCAUUUCGAAGGCCACCCAGUCCAGUCUGAACUCGCUCCUGCGUGGGACAAAGGUUUACACGCCCCCACCUCCUCCCAAGCCCGAACACUCCCCAGAAUACGUCGCCCUGAUGGCGCGCCUGCGCAAGGAAGAGGAGCGACGAGAAUAUGCGCAACUCGUUUCGAGAAAGCCUGGAGACAUCUACCUGGAUACGGACGACGAAGACGACAUAUCGCCGUCACUUGUUUUCAACAUCCUCCUUAGCAUAGUCAUGUGUGCGGGCACCAUGUUCUACCUGACUCGCUGGUGGACAAACGAUGGCCUGCGAGUCCUGGUAUCUCUGGGUGCGGCAGUUCUAGUUGGCGUCGCAGAAGUCACGGUCUACGCUGGCUAUCUGCGGAAAGUGCGACAAAGCAAAGACAAAGAACGGAGCAAGCGCGAGAAGAAAGAAUUCAUUGGCGAGUAUACUGGGGAAGGGGCGGAACCCGAUGGCCACAUGGAGUCCGUGGAUAAGCUGGAGAUCUGGGGUCGAGGUAUCAACGGCGGAAUGAGGCGACGAGUCAGGGAAAAAUGGGACAAGGAGCAAGAAUCUGAGACGUGA